AUGUCAAGCCAUGGGUCUCAUAGUACACCAGUAUCAUCUUCCACAGAUAAUAGCACUCUUAAUGAAGAAAUCGAUAAAUCUACAGGGAAUCUAAUAAUAAAUAUAGAUCCUUAUGCUAUACUACUAAAGGAUGGUUCUACUAAAGCCACCAUAUACCCAAUUUCAUCUCCCAAUGAUAUAUCUCCUAAUCUACUAGCAUUUCUAUGGGAUGAAUAUAAUAUGGAGAUUGAAAAAGGCGAGACUUUAACUUUUUAUGAACCAUUAUCGUUCGAAAUAUUUAUUUCUCAUUGGUUUGAUUCAGCCAGUAUAGUGGCCAUAAUGGUUGUUGGUGAUGAAACCAACAUGGAUGAUCUUGGCAAUGACGAAUUGCAUGAAUGGCCUAGUGAAUUGCUUGGAAUUUUCAAUAUUAAGCCUAAUUUCCCUGGUUGUCAAAGAAGUGGACAUAUAUGUACUGGAGAAUUUUUAGUCAAUGCUGGAAUAAGAGGCCGUGGAAUUGGCAAGACUUUAACUGAGUGUUUUAUGCAAUGGGCUCUUAAAUUAGGAUAUACUUAUGUUAUAUUUAAUUUAGUGUUAGAAACAAAUGUUGCGGCAAGAAAAUUAUGGGAAUCACUUAAUUUCACUAGAUUAGGAAGAAUAAACAAUGUAGCUAUUAUGGGUCACGAUGAUCAGGAACGUGAAUUAGUUGAUGGGAUAAUAUAUGGGAAAAGUAUUGAAUAUAAUAUGAUGACAGAAUCAAUGAAAACUUCACAAACUGAAUUAGAUUUGAAUAAUGGUAAAUUUGAAAAUUUGAAAUAUUAUUUACAAACAGGUAAUUAUCCUCCAAAUGUUGAUAAUAAAGAAAAAUCAAGAUUAAGAGCAAAUAAAGCAAAUUAUUAUUUGAAAGAUGAUAAAUUAAUGGUGAAUGGACGAGAAGUUGUAUCUAAUAUAGAUCUACAAUUGAAAAUAUGUCACUUGAUUCAUGAAGAAAAUGGACAUCUGGGGAUAAAUCGAACAACAACAUUAAUAAGUCAGAAAUAUCAUUGGAUAAGAAUAAAAGAAACUGUGGCCAAAGCACUAAAGCUAUGUCAAGAAUGUAAAAAUAAUUCCCUUCAAGCAAAGGAAGAAUUUUUGAAUCAAUCAAAUAAAAGAAUUAAAUUACAGAAAAAAGUGACUAACUCACUAAUGCCAUUAGAUGAACGACAGUUUGAACAGGCGGUAAUUCAAGCAAAACAACGACUAAAUGAUACAAAUAAUGUAUCUUAUGCUGAUGUUGCUAGGUCUGCUAUUGAUGAUGAUGAUGACGAUGAUGGUGGCACACAAAUUCAAUCAAACCAACAAAGUGUUCAUCCUCAAGUCAAAACAUAUGAUAAGCUGUCCAAUGGCCAUCAACCCCUGCUGUCAGUUGAUCCAUCAGUUAGAACUUACUACUAG